AGGUUGGUGCAGGCCUCCCCCUUUCCCUCUUCUGCAGGUGGAGCAGCAGCAGCAGCAGCAGCGGAAGGGGAGGAGAAGAGGACACCGCAGCCUCCUUGAAUAAUUGAUCGGCUGAGCGGCGGAGGGGGAGCCGGCGAGCGAAUGCGGAGUAGCCGCUGGACGCCCGGCUCCCCGCGUCGCUUCCAGCAGCCGCUCGCCCGGACGCCGGAGCCGAGAGGGCGGCGCGCAGGAAGACUGAUGAGGCAGAACACUGCAUUGGUGACCUCCUAGACUCACCGGUCCAGGACUCUCCAGCUGUCAUCCACUCAGCUGUUCCAAACAAGGCAGUGGAUUUGUUUGAAAUGAUUGAAAAAAUGCAGAGAAGUCGUUUGGAUGAGCAAAGAUGUUCACUUCCAGCUCCACUCAAGAGAGAAGAAGAGUACAUUCCAUACCCCAGCAUCCAGGAGGUGUUACGGAGAGGGUGGCCCUACCCUCUCAUUAUCUUACCUCAGUUCGGAGGCUACUGGAUUGAAGGGACCUGUCACAGCCUGCCUAGUUCAGGCCCAGAAAUGCAUGACCUGCCCUCCCCUUGCGGUGGGAAGGUGAAGCUGGAGUGUGAUCCGACAGCUAAGCUGUACCGCAAGCACUUCCUGGGGAAGGAACAUCAGAAUUUUUAUGCCAAUGAUGCGACUUUGGGCAACCUUGUCCUUUCGGUGAAGUACGAACAGGUUGAAAGACAAGACAACCUCCGUCUACUCCUGAGGACUCGAACCUGUACCAAGCAUGACCUGAUCCCUAUUUCCUGCUUGAAUGAAUUUCCGAAUGCUGUCCAAAUGGCAAAGUUGGUGUGUGAAGACGUGAAUGUUGACCGUUUCUUCCCUGUGUUGUAUCCCAAGGCUUCCCAGCUCAUUGUUGCCUUCGAUGAACAUGUAAUCAGCAAUAACUUCAAGUUUGGGGUUAUCUACCAGAAACUUGGACAGACCACAGAGGAAGAGGUUUUCAGUAAUUCAGAUGAGAGUCUCGGCUUCUUAGAAUUUUUAGAUCUUAUUGGAGACAGGAUCCAGCUGCAGGAUUUCCGUGGCUUCCGAGGUGGCUUGGAUGUUACAAGAGGUCAAACGGGGUCUGAGUCCGUCUACACAAAUUUCCGGGGCAAAGAGAUCAUGUUUCAUGUCUCUACAAAGUUGCCCUUCACCGAGGGAGAUGCCCAGCAGCUUCAGCGGAAGCGCCACAUUGGGAAUGAUAUUGUGGCCAUUGUGUUCCAAGACGAAAACACACCCUUUGUCCCUGACAUGAUCGCAUCCAACUUCCUGCAUGCCUACGUAGUGGUGCAGCUCCAUCACAGCGUCCUUGGGGAGACUCUGUACAAGGUUUCCGUUACAGCCCGUGAUGAUGUCCCGUUCUUUGGACCCCCUCUUCCAAACCCGGCCAUAUUCAAGAAGGGUCCAGAAUUCCGUGAAUUUCUCCUAACCAAGCUUAUCAACGCAGAGUACAGCUGCUUCCGUGCUGAGAAAUUUGCUAAGCUAGAGGAGCGCACCCGCAGUGCCCUACUGGAGAGUCUGUACGAAGAGUUGCAGAUCCGCAGCCGUAGCAUGAUGGGAUGGGCUUCGGGGGAGGACGACAAAAUGGAGAACGGGGGUGGUGGAUUCUUUGAGAAUUUCAAGCGGGUGAUCCGAGGCCGUAGCCAGAGUUUGGAUACUAUGGGGAUAGCCAUGCGGAAGCAGCAACAGGUGAUAACUCCACCCAACCGCCCAGCUACUGCCGGCCUCGCUCUCAACCAAAGUGUUGCCGAGGGCCCCAAGGCGAUUGCUGCGUCUUUUGCUCUGCCUGGGAGAAGCCCGUCGCACAACCGAGGUCGCUUCAAUGGGCGCCGCAGUAGUGCCAUUGGCAUUGAGAACAUCCAAGAAGAAAAGAGCAAAGAUGUUGCAGAGAGGAUACAGAAAGUACUGGAGAGUCCAGGACCCUUUUGUGACCUCAAAUCCGAUGGCUCCUCUAGUCCCAGUUCCCCAGAAUUCCCAAACCGGAAGAGCAAGGUCCUCCCCGGUCAGACAUCAGGGUAUUGCACAAUGCACCCCCUGUCUCGUUCUUCAUCCAACGUGAGCAGCUGCUGUAGCGGAAUAAGAGAGAAUGAAACAUCGGAGGAGGAAGAGAACGAGGCGGACUUGAUGUGUUCCCUCGAAGGGCCGCAUAAGCAUGAAUCAGUGGUUCAGAGCCCAUGGACAGAGGAAACCGCCUGCACACCCAGCAGCACCAGUUCACCAGUCACUCGCUUGCUCCCUUCUACCAACGCUGCUGGAUCUGCGGAGAAGGGGAAAGGUGGCAAGGUGGAUGCUCAGCGUUACAGUCCAGCCUCCAUUUUGUGCUGUGUGUGAUGUCAUCGCUGGAGGGGUGAAUCAGUGCAUGCUGGGUAAUGCACAGGAUUCGCUGCCAAAGUGAGGGCUCUGGGCAACUCCUCACUCUGAAGGUCAGAGGCGAGAGAGACAAAUUCCCAGAAAAAAACACCUUAUCUGGUCCUUCCGCUUCUUUCCGUGACAGUGGCCGCCAUGGGCACCAAGGACCCCCACCACACCGUCUGCUGUGGCAUUUGCUCACCCAUCUAUGUCAUUUCUGUUUGGCAUCCUCAGGAGGCCAGGAUACCCCAUCAUUCACAAGAGGGAGCCUCCCAUCUGCCAUAGCUAAGAAGAAGCCACGUAUGUAGGGAGUGCCUCUCCUGUUUCAUCCCUCUUCCUGUUAUAAUGGAGAACCCCAAAUCCAACACAGAAGGACUCUGUCUUCAAGCAGGGCCUUUCCAGGAAAGCUGCAACAGAAAAUAUCCUUGGUAGCACAAAAUUCCUCUCCAGGGCUUCCAUCUGGUUUGGAAAGCUGUAACCUCCGUGAAUGAUGUGCACUGCUUUCCACAUUGUGUGACGACAGGAGGAGCUGUGUGUCCACUUCACUGUACACAGGGUUACCUGCACCUUUGUUCAGGAUUUCACUUUACAACUCCCACCCCACACCAUCAUCCACACCCACUCUUCCCUGAAUAUUUGUGCCAUGAACAAGCAAUCACCUGUAAAUGUGAAUCUGUGACCCCUUAACUCCACGCUUGUUGUGUCUGUGGUAUCUUGGGCUUGCAAUAAAAAGACAACUGUGACCAA